AUGGCUUCCAGCCCGCUGCCGGGGCCCAACGACAUCUUGCUGGCGUCGCCGUCGAGCGCCUUCCAGCCCGACGCGCUGAGCCAGCCGCGACCCGGCCACGCCAACCUGAAACCCAACCAGGUGGGCCAGGUGAUCCUCUAUGGCAUUCCCAUCGUGUCGCUGGUGAUCGACGGGCAGGAGCGCCUAUGCCUCGCACAGAUCUCCAACACUCUCCUCAAGAACUUCAGCUACAACGAGAUCCACAACCGCCGCGUGGCGCUGGGCAUCACGUGCGUGCAGUGCACGCCGGUGCAGCUGGAGAUCCUGCGGCGCGCCGGGGCCAUGCCCAUCUCCUCGCGCCGCUGCGGCAUGAUCACCAAGCGCGAGGCUGAGCGCUUGUGCAAGUCGUUCCUAGGCGAAAACAGGCCGCCCAAGCUGCCCGACAACUUCGCCUUCGAUGUUUCGCACGAGUGCGCCUGGGGUUGCCGCGGCAGCUUCAUCCCCGCGCGCUACAACAGCUCGCGCGCCAAGUGCAUCAAAUGCAGCUACUGCAACAUGUACUUCUCGCCCAACAAGUUCAUCUUCCACUCCCACCGCACGCCCGACGCCAAGUACACGCAGCCGGACGCAGCCAACUUCAACUCGUGGCGGCGUCAUCUCAAGCUCACGGACAAGAGCCCCCAGGACGAGCUCGUCUUCGCCUGGGAGGACGUCAAGGCCAUGUUCAACGGCGGGAGCCGAAAGCGCGCGCUGCCCCAGCCGGGCACGCACCCCGCCUGCCACCCGCUCAGCUCAGUCAAGGCGGCCGCGGUGGCGGCGGCGGCGGCGGUGGCCGGGGGCGGGGGGCUCCUGGGCCCGCACCUGCUGGGGGCGCCGCCCCCGCCGCCGCCGCCGCCGCCUCUGGCCGAGCUGGCCGGCGCGCCGCACGCGCCGCAUCACAAGCGGCCGCGCUUCGAGGACGACGACGACUCGCUGCAGGAGGCGGCCGUCGUGGCCGCCGCCAGCCUCUCGGCCGCCGCCGCCGCCAGCCUCUCGGUGGCCGCCGCCUCGGGUGGCGCCGGGGCGGCCGGGGGCGGCGCCGGGGGCGGUUGCGUGACCGGCGCGGGCGCGGCGGCCGGCGCCAAAGGGCCGCGUAGCUAUCCGGUCAUCCCGGUGCCCAGCAAGGGCUCGUUCGGGGGCGUGCUGCAGAAGUUCCCGGGCUGCGGGGGCCUCUUCCCGCAUCCUUACACCUUCCCAGCCGCCGCCGCCGCCUUCGGCUUGUGCCACAAAAAGGAGGACGCGGGCGCCGCGGCCGAGGCCCUGGGGGGUGCGGGCGGCGCGGCCGCGGCGCCCAAGGCGGGCCUGUCGGGCCUCUUUUGGCCGGCGGGCCGCAAGGACGCCUUCUACCCGCCCUUCUGCAUGUUCUGGCCUCCACGGACCCCGGGCGGGCUUCCGGUGCCCACGUACCUACAGCCCCCGCCGCAGCCGCCCUCGGCGCUCGGCUGCGCGCUGGGGGAAAGCCCGGCCCUGCUGCGCCAGGCCUUCCUGGACCUGGCCGAGCCCGGCGGCGCGGGCGCGGGCGCGGGCGCCGAAGCGGCGCCCCCGCCGGGUCAGCCCCCUCCGGUCGUGGCCAACGGCCCGGGCUCCGGCCAGCCGCCUCCUGCGGGCGGCGCGGGGGCCCGCGACGCGCUCUUCGAGUCGCCCCCGGGCGGCGGCGGCGGGGACUGCAGUGCGGGCUCCACGCCCCCGGCCGACCCGGGCUCGGUGACCGGGGCCGCCGGAGCGGGCCCCGCGGGCGCCCGAGGGCCCGCGGCCCCCCACCCUCACCUCCUGGAGGGGCGCAAAGCCGGCGGAGGCAGCUACCACCACUCGAGCGCCUUCCGGCCGGUGGGCGGCAAGGACGACGCGGAGAGCCUGGCCAAGCUGCACGGGGCGUCCGCGGGCGCGCCGCACUCGGCCCCAGCGCAUCACCACCACCACCACCACCCCCCGCACCAGCACCACCACCACCACCACCACCACCACCCCCCGCAGCCGCCGUCGCCGCCGCUGCUGCUGCUGCCCCCGCAGCCCGACGAGCCGGGCUCGGAGCGCCACCACGCGGCCCCGCCGCCGCCGCCCCCGCCACCCCCGCCGCUGGCCCCGCAGCCGCACCCCCGAGGUCUCCUGUCCCCCGGUGGCACCAGCUGCAGCUACCCCAGCGAGGACAGCUCCGAGGACGAGGACGACGAGGAAGAGGAGCAGGAGGUGGACGUGGAGGGCCACAAGCCCCCCGAGGGCGAGGAGGAGGAAGACGAAGGUCGAGAGCCCGAGGACGACGAGGAGGAAGACGAGGAGACGGGGGUCCUGCUAGCGGACCCCUUGGUCGGCGGCGGCCGGUUCCUCCAGGGCAGAGGGCUGUCGGAGAAGGGGAGCAGCCGGGACCGCCCGCCGGCCGCCGCGGGCGCUUUCCCGCUGGCGCUGAGCUCCUCGCGGCUGCUGCAGGAGGACGGGAAACUGGGCGACCCCGGCGGCCCGGACCUGCCCCCACCGCCGCCCCCGCCGCUGGCCUCGCAGACACAGAGCGGCGGCCUCGGCAGCAGCCCCGGCAGCCCGGUCCACCAUCCAUCACUGGAGGAGCAGCCCUCCUACAAAGAUAAUCAGAAAACUAAGGAGAAUAAUCAAGUUAUUUUAUCUACAAAGGACGACAACAACUUUUCAGAUAGGAACAAGGAGCAUAGCUUUUUCAUCACGGACUCUGAUGCUUCGGGAGAUUUUUGGAGAGAAAGAUCAGGUGAACACACACAGGAGACGAAUUCACCUCAUUCACUCAAAAAGGAUGUAGAAAAUAUGGGGAAAGAAGAACUUCAGAAGGUUUUAUUUGAACAAAUAGAUUUACGGAGACGACUCGAACAAGAAUUCCAAGUGUUAAAAGGAAAUACAUCUUUCCCAGUAUUCAAUAAUUUCCAGGAUCAGAUGAAAAGGGAGCUAGCCUACAGAGAAGAAAUGGUGCAACAGUUACAAAUUAUUCCCUAUGCAGCAAGCUUGAUCAGGAAAGAAAAGCUUGGUGCCCAUCUCAGCAAAAGCUAA